AUGGAUGCUUUCAGGGGAAGGAGCCAGACAACAAAGGGCAUAUGGAUAGCCAAGGCCGUUGGCAUUGAGCCAUUCACAGUUGUCAUGGACUUGGAGGGUACAGAUGGCCGUGAAAGGGGCGAGGAUGAUACUACGUUUGAAAAACAAAGUGCGCUGUUUGCUCUAGCAGUUGCAGACAUUGUCCUCAUAAACAUUUGGUGCCAUGAUAUUGGUCGGGAGCAGGCAUCCAAUAAGCCCCUUCUAAGAACUGUUUUUGAGGUCAUGAUGCGCCUGUUUAGUCCUCGUAAAACAACACUUCUCUUUGUCAUACGUGACAAAACAAAGACCCCAAUCGAAUAUUUGGAGCCUAUUUUGAGAGAGGAUAUACAUAAGAUAUGGGAAAAAGUUCCUAAGCCCAUGGCAUACAAGGACACUCCUCUCAGUGAAUUUUUUAAUAUGGAAAUUACUGCCUUGCCCAGCUAUGAGGAGAAGGAAGAACAAUUUAUAGAACAGGUAGUAGCCCAACUUAGGCAGCGGUUUUUCCACUCAAUAUCACCUGGAGGGCUUGCUGGUGAUAGAAGAGGUGUCAUCCCUGCUUCUGGAUUUUCUUUUAGUGCAGAGCAUAUAUGGAAAGUUAUCAGAGAAAAUAAGGACCUUGACCUUCCUGCUCAUAAGGUACACAUUUAUGUCCAGCGUGAAAAGAGUACUCUGGAUUUUUCUUUGUUUUCUGAACCAUGCUACUUUUUUCAGAUCAUGGUUGCUACUGUUCGGUGUGAAGAGAUUGCCAACGAGAAGUUCAAUUGGUUGGCGUCUGAUAAGGAUUGGCUGGCUAUUGAAGAAGCUGUACAAACUGGAGCUGUUUCAGGCUUCGGGAAAAGUAUAAGCUCAAUCUUGAAGAAUUACCUCUCCGAAUAUGAUAUGGAAUCUACAUAUUUCGAAGAAGAUGUGAAAAAUGCUAAACGCCAAUAUCUGGAGUCUAAAGCAUUGCAGUUGGUCCAUCCCGCUUAUGUUGCCAUGUUGGGCCAUCUACGUUCAGGUGCAUUUCAAGGCUUCAAGACAAGGCUUGAACAACUUUUGGGUAGAGGAGAACCAUUUGCUGCAUCCGUUAAUACAUUUUAUUAUCUGCUCUAUAAUGUCUUUUCAAUUUUAGAUGUUGCCAUAGAGCAAGCUAAUUGGGAUGCUUCAAAAGUACGUGAAAAGCUUAAUCGUGAUAUUGAAGCUCAUGUUUCUCAUGUCCGUAGUGAGAGAUUGUCACAAAUAGUAGCUGAGUUUGAGGAACGACUUUCUGCAGCACUCAUCGACCCACUAGAGGCCCUUUUUGAAGGUGGUGGGGCAAAUACAUGGGCUUCUAUCAGAAAUCUUGUGAAGCGCGAGAGCAAUAAAGCUUCAUCUUCCUUUUUACGUGCGAUUGCUGGUUAUGAGUUGGAUCAGUCAACUGUUGACAAAAUGGUGAAUAAUUUGAAGGAAUAUGCGAGAAAGUUGGUGCGGAACAAAUCUAAAGAGGAGGCAGGAAAAGUUCUUAUUCGCAUGAAAGAUAGAUUUGCUAUUGUCUUUAACCAUGACAAGGACUCCAUGCCGAGGGUUUGGACAGGAAAAGAAGACAUUAGAGCAAUCACUAAGGAGGCCCGCUGUGAGUCUCUGAAGUUGUUGGCUACAUUGGCUGCUGUAUGGUUGGAGGAAAAAAUGGAUAAUAUAGAAAAUGCGCUUUAUUGUGGACUCAUGGAGAACACAGAAAUUAUGCCAUCUCUGGCUAUGGAUGCUGUAGUUUCUGGCAGUCCUCUUGCUUCUAGCACAUGGGAAGAGGUCCCCCCAGAAAAUACUUUGAUCACACCAGUUCAGUGCAAAGCCUUGUGGAAACAGUUUAAGGCCGAAACAGAGUACACAGUCACCCAAGCAAUUUCAGCGCAGGAGGCAUACAAGCGAAGCAACAAUUGGUUACCUCCACCUUGGGCUAUCCUUGCAAUGAUUGUUCUUGGUUUCAAUGAAUUCAUGCUACUUUUAAGGAACCCUCUAUACCUCCUUGUGAUAUUUGUCACGUUCUUGCUCGGGAAAGCCGUUGCUGGGCUUAUAGCCCUCUCGACAAGAUUCCUUCCAACUGUCAUGAAUAUAUUGAGUAGACUUGCUGCUGAAGGCCACGAACAAGCACCAAAUACAAAACACCGCGAUUCUCAGAGUUUCAAGAAUCAACAGCCACAAUCAGAUUCCGAAUCGAGUUCAGUACCAGAUUCAUCUGUCUCGACUGAAACUAGUUCGGAAUACUCGAGCCCCCAGGUUAGACACAGAAGAUCAGCUCAUACACAAGAAUUUCAAAUCUCUUGA